CCCAGGCCCUCGGGCAGUGCCCGAGUUUCUAAAUGGUCAGUCCGCCCCCGGCUCUGUGAUCAUUCACAGAUUUCACAUGUAAUCAAUGAUGUAAUCUUGUUUACUACUAUUCAUGUGAUUACUGAUUGGCCAGUCACUGAUCACAUGAUCGGGACCUCACACAGAGGUCCAGUACAGCACCAUUGAGAACUACUGAGUGAGCUGUGAUUGGUCACAGCUUGUCACAUGGUACAAGGCUCUUGUGAAUAGCCUUGUACCAUGUGACCUCUGUGAUCCUUCACAGAU